UUUCAUGGAUUUUCUCACGUCGGAAUUGAGAAUUCUGGAUUUGCUCUAUAUUAUCAAUCCGAACGAAAAACCCAACUUUACGGUGGACAACGCAACGAGAGAGAAACAUACGUUUAAAGUUAGAGACAUCCUGAUCAACAGACUGGAUCAGUAGUAUUAUUCAAAAAUCGAUAAAAUCAAGGAUCCAAUCGAAAUUGUAAACAAGAUCAAGGAAAUGAAACGAUAUGAGACGAAUUUGACCUCCAUGACAAUCCGAAAACGAUUGUACAACAUUGAAUAUAUUCCAACCAAAGAGAAAGCUGCGGAAUUCUGGGAUCGGUUUGAAGAAUUAGUGCGAAAUUAUGACAGUCUCCCAAACGUGAAUCCACUUUCACAUGACGAAAAGAGGGAUGCAUUCUUCAACGCGAUCACAACUGCUAUACCACAAGUUCAGUCGAUUGACUUUGUGACCACGAAUUCAACUGGAAAAGGCCUUACCUACGAUCAGUUAAAGGCAUUCAUCAUCCAGCACGAAGCAAACAAAACACAAACAGACGACACGAAACCUGCGGCACUGAGUAUAAGAAAACACGAUUCGAAGAACCGAUGCUAUGGAUGCGGCGGUCAGGGUCAUCACGCUGACGAAUGUCCACAUGAAGGCAAACCUCAAUGUUACGAGUGCGGAAAGAUUGGACACAUUGCGAGAGAGUGCACGAUACGGAAGAAUAAGCAGAGUGAAUCGGCUACGUCAUCGAAAUAUAGGUCAUCGUCAAAACACCACAGCAAAAACGCUCAUCGUCCGAUGAACAGCAGCAGCUUCCGUGGCAAGCGUAAGUUUGGAGGAUCAAAUCGAGAAAAUUCUGCAAAACGAGCGAAGGUUGACAAAGGACGGAGUGGCCAACAAAAGAACAAGGACCAGAGAAACCAAGACGAUGGGAAAGAAAACCAAAAUGGUAGCAAAAUGCGUAAAGAUAUGGGACUGAGCAUUUACAUGGAUAACCAACAAAUCGAUAUUUUUGAUCCUACGUCACACGAGUCGCUUAUCAAGGAAAUCUAUCAGAAACCUUUCUGGAAAAUUGAGCUAGAAGUAGAUAAAACGAGUGGUAAAUUCCCAGGUUCGAACGAGAGUAAAACGAAGAGAUCAGUGGCUUAUUUAACGACAGAAAGCUCAGAAAACGAAACCCGAUAUAUGACUCGGAGUGUGGCAAAAGCAAAGGAUGUUAUAUCGAUAGACGAAGAUCCAAUAUCAACCAAAUUUGAGGCUCAGAAUAAGGCUACUGAAACAGAAAAGAUUUCUUUGACGGAAGUAUCGAAGACGAGCGUACCGGAAAACGAAAAGACAAGCCUCAACGGUAAGGAAGGUAUAAGCGAAAUAGUUACCCCGAGUAUUCAAAAUUUCAACUCCGAUCUAUCGAUUUGGGAUCGAAAACUCGGCAAUGUUGAGGACAUUCAGUCUGAAGAAUUCACGAGCGAUGAAACACCAUUCAACGAGAGGUAUGAGAAAUUCUUGGACUAGAAUAAGGCCUUGUUGUGGCAUGUAAGACUCGGACACGCAUCUAUAGAUUACCUGAAGUCUUUACAAAGGAAGUUUCCGGAGAAUAAAAGUUUGCAAAACGCAAAAUUCGAUGAGUCGAUCAAGGAGUGUGAAAUUUGCAUGAUAGCGAAAUUCAAUAAAUUACCCUUCAACAAAACGAGAGAAUGAGCGGUAAGACCAUUAGAGAGAAUACACUCGGAUACGAUGGGACCUAUAAGUCCUAAGACACAUCCGAAGGGUUAUCGAUUCAUUUCGGUAUUUGUGGACGACUACUCGAGAUUAGCGAUGACCUAUCCUAUGAAAACGAAAAGUGAAACCGGGGAAUGCCUAGAAGUGUUCAUUAAGAGUGCAAGGAAUCUUUUGGGUUACGAUGCGAAGGUUUGCUACUUGCA